AUGGAGCGAAACAUUGAUAUCUACGCCGAGAGGCUGAGCGACGAGAAGCUUGAUGUCAGGACCAAGGCCAAUGUCGCGGUCGAGCUAAGGGACAAUAUCGAACCUCUAUGCUCGGGUUCGAAUUACCCGACCUUCCUGGCAAAGCUAUGGCCUGUUUUCAAAAAUAUUUUGAAGGGGGAUCCGGUGUUCACGAAUAUGUCCUAUGAGCAGAAAUUACGAAACUGCCUCUUAGAGACGUUACACCGGUUACCCAUGGCCUCCCCCGACGUCGAGCCCUAUGCCGUUGACAUGGUGGACAUGCUGAUGCAGCUCGUGCGGGUUGAGAACGAGGAAAACGCCGUGCUUUGCAUGAAAACCAUCAUGGAUUUGGCGCGGAAUCAGGUCAAGGCGACCGCCUCCAGGGUCCAGCCGUUCUUAGAGCUUAUCCAGGAAAUGUUCCAGACGAUGGAACAGGUUGUCCGCGACACCUUUGAUACGCCCUCCCAGGGUGCCACUCCCGGAAUGCCGUCGACGCCUGGGGGCAGCUCGCAAAAUUUCCAGUCCCCCAGGCCCAGCUCUCCAACUGCGUCUGUCUCAGAUUUAGGGCCCGACCAACAGGCGAACCAUCAUCUGCAGAGGGGUAUGCAGUCAUUUAAGGUUCUGGCGGAAUGCCCUAUCAUUGUUGUCUCCAUCUUUCAGGCGCACCGCAACUCCGUCUCGGCUAAUGUGAAACUCUUUGUUCCUUUGAUCAAAAGCAUCUUACUUUUGCAAGCCAAGCCACAGGAGAGGGCCCAUGCCGAGGCUGCGGCACGGGGGGAAAUAUUCACCGGUGUUUGCAAGGAAAUAAAGAAUCGGGCUGCCUUCGGAGAGUUCAUCACAGCUCAAGUUAAGACAAUGAGCUUUCUUGCUUAUCUUCUGCGGAUGUACGCCCACCAGCUGCAGGACUUUCUUCCAACCUUGCCUAGUGUCGUCGUCCGCCUCUUGCAAGACUGUCCUAGGGAGAAAUCCAGUGCGAGGAAAGAGCUUCUCGUGGCGAUCCGGCACAUCAUUAACUUCAACUAUCGCAAGAUCUUUCUGGAGAAGAUCGACGAGCUUCUGGACGAGAGGACUCUGAUCGGGGACGGCCUUACAGUCUAUGAGACUAUGAGGCCGCUCGCUUACAGCAUGCUUGCGGAUUUGAUUCACCAUGUGCGCGAUCAUCUCAACCGUGAUCAGAUUCGGCGGACGGUGGAAGUCUAUACAAAGAAUCUCCAUGAUGAUUUUCCGGGCACGAGCUUCCAGACGAUGAGCGCCAAGUUAUUGCUGAACAUGGCGGAGAAGAUAUCGAAGCUUGAAGACAAGCAGGAAGCCCGCUAUUUCUUGAUCAUGAUCCUGGAUGCUAUUGGUGACAAAUUUGCCGCUAUGAACCACCAGUUCGACAACGCGGUGAAGGUGUCCCGAGCAUACCGCAAACGUAAUGCUGACUCUGCCCCGGAAAACUAUCUCGCCGACAAGGAGAAUCCUCCGGACUGGGAUGAAAUUGAUAUUUUCUCGGCCGUUCCUAUCAAGACGUCGAACCCUCGGGAUCGCGGCGGUGAUCCUGUGUCUGACAAUCUCUUCCUCUUCAAAAACUUGAUCAAUGGCCUGAAGAACAUUUUCCACCAGCUGAAGAAUUGUAAUCCGACGCACAUUCAGAUUGAUCCCAGCAACGUCCCAAUCAACUGGUCGGAGGUCUCCUAUGGCUAUAAUGCUGAAGAGGUUAAGGUGAUCAAGAAACUCUUCCACGAAGGUGCUCGCGUGUUCAGAUACUAUGGUGUCGAUCAGCCACAGCCUGAAGUCCAAUAUUCCUCGCCGUUCGAGUUCCUUGCCAGCCAGUAUACUGCGCCGAUGACAAGGGAGGAGAAGGAGCUCCUUGAGAGCUUCGGAACUGUGUUUCACUGUAUAGACACCGCAACUUUCCACGAGGUCUUCCACUGUGAGAUCCCAUAUCUCCAUGAGCUCAUGCUUGAGCAUGGUGCCCUCCUCCAUCUGCCGCAGUUUUUCCUCGCGAGCGAAGCUACGUCACCGGCGUUUUCUGGCAUGGUUCUUCAGUACCUCAUGGACCGCAUCCACGAAGUUGGAACUUCUGAUAUGACGAAGGCAAAAAUUCUCCUGAGGAUGUUCAAGCUCUCGUUCAUGGCCGUGACGCUCUUCUCGGUGCAGAACGAGCAGGUUCUGCAUCCCCACAUCACCAAGAUUGUCACGAAAUGCAUCGAACUUUCCGUGACAGCCGAAGAGCCGAUGAAUUACUUCCUCUUGCUGCGCUCGCUCUUCCGCAGUAUUGGUGGAGGGAGAUUUGAGCUGCUGUACAAGGAGUUGCUUCCCCUUCUGGAGAUGCUUCUGGAGACAUUUAACAACCUCUUGAUGAGCGCGCGCAAACCACAGGAGCGAGACCUUUAUGUCGAGCUGACGCUUACUGUUCCCGCUCGUCUAAGUCAUCUGCUCCCCCAUCUCAGCUACUUGAUGCGGCCGAUCGUGGUUGCGCUCCGUGCGGAUUCAGAUCUGGUCGGCCAGGGCCUUAGAACCCUUGAACUCUGUGUCGACAAUUUGACAGCCGAUUAUCUGGAUCCUAUAAUGGCUCCGAUCAUGGACGAGCUCAUGACAGCGCUGUGGGAUCAUCUGCGACCACACCCAUACAGCCAUUUCCAUUCUCAUACCACCAUGAGAAUCCUCGGCAAGCUGGGCGGUCGCAACCGGAAAUUCCUGAAUCACCCCCCGGAGCUGUCAUUCCAGCAGUUCGCGGAUGAUGUCCCGAGUGUAGACAUCCGACUGAUCGGACCCAAUGAAAAACGACCGUUUCCUAUCGACAUCGGAGUCGACCUCGCCUACGGGAAGCUGUUGGAGGUUCCAAAGACGCCUGCAGCAAAGGCCUCGGAUGGAUACUAUAAGCAGCAGGCCUAUCGUAUGCUCAGCUCGCAACUGAAGCUCUACAUCGGCUUUGAAAACCUUCCAGAGGACAUGGGAUCUCUUCUUCGCCUUCAAGCCGAAGAUCUGCUGGAGGGCAAGAUUCAGACUCCUAUUGACAUCAUGGAUAAGUCUGAGCGAUCCAGUUCGAUUCAGAAGAAGCUGUCGCAAGAAGAGACCCUCAAGAAGCUCUUGAAGGCGUGCUUCUAUGCGACGACGAUCCCGGACCUCGAACAGACUGCUACCCCCUUCGUCGCGGAUGUAUGCCGACACUUUGCGGUCGUUGAGGUGGGUCGAGCGUACGCUCAAGUAAGGCACACUCGGAAAUCCUUCGAUGUCUCCAGUGGUGAAGGCCCUGUCUACUUGGAUUCGCGUGUUCUCGCCGAGGUGAUUGUUGACUGUUUCUCGUCGGACAACCCUCGUCAUCUCGGUCGGGUAUUCUGCCAUAGCUGCCACAGCGAAGAAUGGUUCACGAAGGCCGGUGGCAGCCUUGGAAUACAGCUGCUAGCGACCGAUCUCGAUCUCGGCGAUUCUUGGCUCUUCGAGAGGCAAACGGAGUUUGUUCGGGCCUUGAUGUAUGUCAUCAAGGACACUCCUUCCGAUCUCCCGGCCAGUACCCGUAUCCGGGCGCAAGAAACUCUCGAUCUCAUUCUUCGGCGAUGUAAUAAGGGUGUCUCGAAAGAGGACCUUAAGAAUGAGAAGAGUCGGCUCUAUACUCUCUGUGGAUUCUUCAUUUAUGAACUUUCACACAUGAACAAGCAUGUCCGGGAAGCCUCUCAAAGGAGUUUCCAUACUCUCGCCGAGGUGAUUGGCUGUGAAGUCCAUGAGCUCAUGUUUCCGGUCAAGGAACGUCUGCUGCAGUCGAUCUUCAACAAGCCUUUGCGCGCGCUGCCGUUUCCCAUUCAGAUCGGGUUUAUCGAGGCGAUCACUUUCUGCCUGAGUCUUCACAAGAACAUCGUCGUUUUCAACGAUCCGCUGAACCGAUUGAUGCUGGAGUCGCUGGCUCUUGCUGAUGCUGACGACGAGUCUCUAGCGUCCAAGCCCAAUGAGUAUAAGAACGCAGAGAUGAUCGUCAACUUGCGAGUGGCCUGCCUCCGCCUUCUUUCUAUGGCAAUGGGCUUCCAGGAAUUUGCGAACACUCCGCAGAAUACCAGCCGUGCUCGCAUCAUUUCGGUGUUCUUCAAGUCUCUGUAUUCGAGAUCGCCCGAAAUCAUCGAAGCGGCCAAUGCCGGUCUCAGAGAUGUACUCACCCAGACCAACAAGCUGCCCAAGGAUCUUCUUCAGAAUGGCCUCCGUCCGAUUCUGAUGAACUUGCAAGACCCGAAACGGCUGAGCGUUGCUGGGCUUGAUGGACUUGCCAGGCUCCUGACCCUUCUGACGAACUACUUCAAGGUCGAGAUCGGUGCUCGGCUCUUAGAUCAUAUGAAGAUGAUCGCUGAUGACGCCACCUUGCAAAAGGUGUCGUUUAAUCUCGUCGAGCAGAAUCCGGUUAUGAAGAUUGUAGCGGCCAUCUUCAAUAUUUUCCAUCUUCUUCCCCCGGCAGCUACGACUUUUAUGGAACACCUCGUCAACAAAGUCUUGGACCUAGAGGAGAAGUUGCGCAGAACUUCGAACAGCCCGUUCAGAAAGCCUCUUGUGAAGUAUCUCAACCGCUACCCGAAGGAAAGCUGGGCUUUCUUCCAGCAGCGCUUCAACGAUGAGCGAUAUGGCCGCUUCUUCGGUCAGGUGUUGGCAGAUCCUGAGAGUGGGGUGCUGCGGUCAGCUGUGGUUGCCGACACUGAAGGGUUUAAGUCUGUCGCCUUCCCUCAGGAGCAAUCGGAUGGCAGGAAUACUGCUGCAAUCAAUGCAAUCUACGUCGUCCAUUCGAUCUGCACGCAUGAGCAGACCAAGCGAUGGCUUGUCUCUCAUGGGGACUUGAAGUCUCUGCUUUUAAGCGCCGGACGGGAUCUAGAGAUCAAGCUUCGGAGUGACAAACUGCCAGCUAAUGAGCGUUUGAGGGUAGAACAGGCCGAAGACCAGCUGAUGGAUAUUUUCACGAUCUACCUUUCGGAGUCUCCACAGGAUUUGGAUUUCCUCUUCGAGGUCAUGGCUGCUCUGUCCGCCGAGGAGUUGAAACGGACUCUUGCGUUCCCCAAGUUCAUUUACAAACAUAUCAUUACAAAUGAAUCCAUCGACUACAGGCGGUCCGUUAUCAUGCGCUGCCUGGAUCUUUAUGGUCAGCGCAAUUGUUCGCAGAAGAUGAAGACGUUUGCUUUCCAUUACCUGGUCAAUCCUAUCUUUGCGAUGGAUGUCAAGACAACGUGGAAGAGCCCGCCGAACACUCCGAAGCUCAUGGAUAAGAGCAUGACGGAAGCCAUACAAAGCCGACUGUGGAGGCCACAGGUGGGCGAUAUCGCUGAAGAGUCCAAUCAGCCUGGUGUCGACCAUUCCCGGAUGGAGUUGCUACAGCUCUCAGCCUUGCUGAUCAAGUACCACCACCAGACUGUCCAGGAGUCACGAAAGGACAUCAUCAAAUUCGCCUGGAACUACAUUCGCCUGGAGGACAUUAUCAACAAAUACGGCGCAUAUGUGCUGAUCAGUUACUUUAUCGCACACUACGAAACGCCGUUCAAGAUUGUGGUCCAGGUCUAUGUUGCUCUGUUGAGGGCGCAUCAGAACGAGGGUAAAGCUCUUGUCACCCAGGCUCUCGAUGUCUUGGCUCCUGUUCUGCCUACGAGGAUCAUCGCCGGUAGCAACAACAAUCAGCAGGCGACCGAUGCUCGGUAUCCAUUGUGGGCGAAAUGGCCUCGACGGAUUUUGGCAGAAGAGACAGCGAACCUGCAGCAGGUCAUGAGCAUCUUCCAAUUCCUUGUGCGGCAGCCCGAUCUUUUCUACGAGUCGAGAGAGCAUUUCGUGCCUCUGAUUGUGCCGUCCUUGAUCAAGAUAGCGGCUCCUCCGAAUCCUUCUAAUGAGAGCAAGAAGCUUGCACUCAAUCUCAUUGGACUCAUCUGGCACUGGGAGGAAAAGAGGGUCCGUGGUGGCAGUGGUUCUGGAAACACGGCGAGUGGUGCACCAGAGUCUCCCAAUCUAAGGAAACGGAAGUUUGACGAACUCCAAGCCUCGUCCGGGUCCCCCGCCGCUCUGGCACCUCCAAUGGCGCGCGAGAGGUCAGAGUACAUGGUUCCUCUUGACUUGCGGGCCGCGUUGAUUAAGUAUCUCAUCACGUUUAUAACCACUGUUCCUGAGCGGUUCCCUGUCCCAGCUUUCAAACUUCGGGAACUCCCGUCUUCGAAGCCUCAACCGCCCGUCGCCACUGGAGAGAUGAUUAAGAAGGCAGUUCAGCUCUUGAGAAAUCUGCUUCAGCCGGAGUUUUGGGGCGAUCUGGACGUCGACCUCUAUCCUAAAGUCACAGAGCCCAUUCUUACCGGAGAGAAGGCUGAAAAGCCGGAUGAGAAGCACAUUACAAGCAUGAUUAAUACGUUGCAGGUGCUGCGUGUUCUCCUUGCAGCGAAGCCGGAUGACUGGAUCGUCAAUCGGUUGCCGUUGAUUCAGAAGCUUUUCGAAAAGGCUCUGCGCUCGGAUAAUCCCGAAAUCCAGGACUGCCUUCACGGGGUGGAAGACGAGAUGGACAUCUCGCCGAAGUUGCCGCCUCCCGUCAAGCGUGUUCUUGAUGCGCUACCUGAAGAGCAGCCCGAGGAAGAGGACGCCAUGGAUGUGGACAGCUCGCCGUCAGAGUUCGUCACGUAUCUGUCCGCAAUAGCCACUGAGGGACUGUCAGCGAACAAUUACAUCUCAAGCCUGAACAUUUUGUGGACGCUGUCCAAGAACAGGCCGGCCGAGAUGGAUGCCCACAUCCUUCAAGUGAUGAAGGCAUUCUCGCAAAAACUGGCCAAGGAGCACGUGGCUGCUUACGCCAAUAACCAAGUCCCUGGCCAGUAUCCGCCCGGCGUUAAACCAAGCGAAGGUGGUCUGCCGGAUCAACAGGAAUUCGAGCUUGGCGUUGAUCUUAUCCUCAAGACCAUUGACCUGAUAUCAGUGCGCAUGUCCCAUCUUGGUGAACAAAGACGGCCGUUCUUGAGCGUCCUGGCGCAGCUGGUGGAACGCUCGCACAAUAUCAAGCUUUGCAGCAAGAUUCUGGGCAUGGUCGAACAUUGGAUCUUUCACUCUACGGAGUCUUGGCCUACGCUGAAGGAGAAAACUGCCGUGUUGCAUAAGAUGCUCCUCUUCGAGUCUCGACCAGAUCAAACAAUGCUAAAGAAAUUCUUGAAUCUGGUCAUCAGGAUCUACGAGGAUCCGAAGAUCACGCGCACUGAGCUAACCGUGAGGUUGGAGCAUGCCUUUUUGAUCGGCACACGAGCACAGGAUGUCGAGAUGCGGAACCGUUUCCUCACCAUAUUCGAUCGGAGUCUGACGCGGACGGCUAGCUCUCGACUCAGCUACGUUCUGACAUCGCAGAAUUGGGACACGCUCGCCGAUUCGUUCUGGUUAGCUCAGGCAUCGCAUCUGGUAAUGGGCUCUGUCGACAUGACGACUCCUGCCCGACUGCACCCGGAGGACUUCACCGUUUAUCCUCUGUCAUUCCUCUUCAGCGCAGUGGAGAAGGAUCCGAGAAAGGGGGAUGUCAUGGUUGAUGAUCAGCUGGAGGCUUUCAUUGCUGAUCGCAAGCGCUUUAUGGCCGAAAUAGGAGACGUUAAAACCCGAGACUUGAUGGAGCCUCUUUGCCAGCUGCAGCACACGGAUCCCAAGGUUGCGUACAAGCUGUGGACCACCUUGUUUACUAUUAUCUGGUCCACCCUUUCGAGGGAAGAGCGUAUAGACCUCGAAAAAGGGAUGGUAACCUUGGUUACACGCGAGUACCAUCAUAGACAGAUCGACAGACGGCCGAAUGUUGUCCAGGCUCUUCUCGAGGGUGCUGUUAGGGCCAGACCGCGCUUUAAAGUUCCCCCGCAUGUCAUGAAGUACUUGAGCCGUACUUAUGACGCUUGGUAUACAACCGCUGCCUAUCUCGAAGAGUCGGCAAAUAGCCCAAUCAUCGACACUCCUGUCGUCCGUGAGAGCAACUUGGACGCGCUGGUCGAAGUAUUUGCCGGACUGCAGGAAGAUGAUUUCUUCUAUGGUACUUGGCGACGGCGUUGCAAGUUUGUUGAGACCAACGCCGCACUUUCGUACGAACAACACGGCAUGUGGGACAAGGCUCAGCAGUUGUAUGAGAGUGCUCAAAUCAAGGCUCGCUCCGGCGCUAUGCCAUUCUCUCAGGGUGAAUACUUCCUGUGGGAAGAUCACUGGCUCAUCUGUGCCCAGAAAUUGCAACAAUGGGAGAUCUUGAGCGACUUUGCCAAGCAUGAAAACCUCAACGACCUUCUCUUGGAGGCUGCGUGGAGGAAUAUCGAAAACUGGCAAAGCGAGUCGAACCGCGAGCAAUUGGAGUCUUUGAUCAAAUCCGUGUCUGACGCGCCAACCCCGAGACGGACCUUCUUCCAGGCGUUCAUGGCGCUCCUGAAUUUCCAUUUGAAAAAGGAAGGUAUCCAGGAGUUCAACAACAUUUGCGAUGAGUCUAUUCAGCUCUCCAUUCGCAAGUGGCAUCAGCUGCCGAAGAGGAUCACCAAUGCCCACAUCCCGAUCUUGCAGCACUUCCAGCAACUCGUUGAGCUGCACGAUGCCAGUGUUAUUUGUGCAAGCUUAUCCCAGACGAACGAGAGGAAUCUCGACACGAAGUCCGCAGAGCUCAAACUUCUUCUGGGUACCUGGCGUGACCGUCUUCCAAAUGUUUGGGAUGAUAUCAAUGCCUGGCAGGAUCUGGUGACGUGGCGGCAGCACAUCUUCCAACUAAUUAACGCGACGUAUCUCAGUCUGUUGCCACCUCAGACGAACAACGUCGCCAGCAACUCCUAUGCUUACCGCGGAUACCAUGAAACCGCCUGGAUCAUCAAUCGCUUCGCGCACGUAGCUCGCAAGCACCAGAUGCCUGAGGUCUGCAUCAACCAGCUCAGCCGCAUCUACACGCUGCCGAACAUUGAGAUCCAGGAAGCCUUCUUGAAGCUGAGGGAGCAGGCCAAAUGCCAUUAUCAGAACCCCAAGGAACUCAACAGCGGUCUCGACGUUAUCAACAAUACCAACCUGAACUACUUCGGAGCUCAGCAGAAGGCCGAAUUCUACACUCUCAAGGGCAUGUUCUUGGCUAAAUUAAACCAGGUCAACGAAGCCAACGAGGCCUUUGGGGUGGCGCUUUACUACGACCUCCGACUGGCCAAAGCCUGGGCUGAAUGGGGCCAAUACAGCGACCAGCGCUUCAAGGCUGACCCGACCGACUACGAACUGGCCAGCAACGCUGUGAGCUGCUAUCUCGAGGCGGCCGGCCUUUACAAGAAUUCCAAGUCAAGGAAACUGCUCAGUCGCAUCCUUUGGUUGCUGAGCUUGGACAACGAGGAAGGCCGCAUUGCCAGUGCGUUCGAGAAUUUCAAAGGCGACACCCCGGUGUGGUACUGGAUCACCUUUAUCCCGCAGCUGCUCACGAGUCUAUCUCAUCGCGAGGCGCGUCUCUGCAAGGCGGUGCUCGUCAAGAUCGCCAAGCUGUAUCCUCAGGCGCUAUUCUUCCUGCUGCGGACGAACCGGGAGGACAUGCUCAGUAUCAAGAAGCAGCAUGACCAAAAGCAGGAGAAACUUAACCGGGCCAAGCAACAACAACAGCAGCAGCAGCAGCAACAAGCCUCGCCGAAUCCGAAGGCCGACUCGGCGGCUCAGGCUGGAUCCAGACCUGGAACGUCGACUGGGGAAGCAACGCCAGCGCAGAAUCAGCAGGCCACGAGCAACAAUGUCAAUGGUUCGUCGCAAGAUGCGAACGCACAGCCCGCGCAGCAGCAGUCCAAUGGCCAAGCCAACGGACAGGCGCAGACGCAAAAUCAGGCCCAGGCCCAGGCUCAGGCCCAGUCUCAGGCCCAAGCGCAAAGCCAAGCUCAGGCUCAGGGUCAAGCCCAGGCUCAAGGUCAGGCUCAGGCUCAGAACCAGGCUCAGACCCAGGCUCAGACUCAGCCCCCAGCGCAGGCCCCAACGCAGGCUCCGGCACAGGGACCGGCACAAGGCCAAACUCAAGCACAAGGCCAGGCUCAAGCUCAACCUCAAGCUCAACCUCAGCCUCAAGCUCAGGGACAAGGCCAGCAGACCACGGGCGAACAGGAGCAGCCGCAGAGGGAGCCUCUCAAGAAGCCAUGGGAGUAUUCCGAAGAAAUCAUGGCUGGUCUCAAAACCGCAUUCCCUUUGCUGGCUCUGUCGAUGGAAACUAUGGUCGACCAGAUCCACAAGAACUUCAAGUGUCCGCCUGACGAGGAUGCUUAUCGACUCAUUGUCGCUCUGCUCAACGAUGGCCUUGCAUACGUCGGCCGCAUGCCGGGCUCGUACGCUCAGGACUUCAAGCUCCCACCAGCCACAGAAGCCAACAUCACUCGGUUUGCGGAGACCAUUCUCCCUGGACAUAUCCGCAAGUCCUUCGAGGCGGACUUUGUGGUCAAGAAACCCACGAUGUAUGAGUACAUCCAGAAGCUGCGCAAAUGGCGGGAUAAGUUUGAAGAGAAGCUUGACCGUCGCCCUCAGUCCCAGUUCCUCGAGGUGUACUCACCACAUCUGAGCGAGUUCCGUUUCCUCAAGUUCGACGAAGUCGAGGUUCCUGGGCAGUAUCUGUUGCACAAGGACAAGAACCAGGACUUUGUGCGCAUCGAUCGUUUCUUGCCUGACGUCGAUCUUGUUCGUGGAAUUGGCGUCUGCCACCGUCGGCUGAAGAUCCGGGGCCAUGACGGCAGCAUCCAUCCAUUUGCUGUACAGCACCCGGCUGCCCGUCACUGCAGGCGUGAGGAGCGCAUUCUGCAACUCUUCCGUAUCUUCAAUGGUAUUCUCGCCAAGCGGAAGGAGAGCAGACGUCGCAACUUGUACUUCCACCUUCCUCUUAUGAUCCCUCUGGCGCCGCACAUUCGUCUGGUUAAGGAUGAUCCUUCGUAUAUCUCUCUGCAAGGCAUCUACGAAGAUUACUGCAGACGAGUGGGCAUGAACAAGGAUGAGCCAGUGCUCUUUACGAUGGAGAAGAUGAGGUCCCUGGCGGAGAUGAAACAGAACCGCACUAUUGAGCAGCAGCAGGUUCUCCGCACCGAGAUCCUCACGGCUAUCCAGGAGAAAUGGGUCCCAAACAAUAUCGUGCUGGAUUAUUUCCAGCAGACGUACCCCAGUUACGACGACUUCUGGCUGUUCCGGCGCCAGUUCUCGUAUCAGUAUGCGGCGAUUGCAUUCAUGACCUACGUGAUGCACAUGGGCAAUCGGUACCCGAACAAGAUCUUGAUUUCGCGGGCCACGGGCGAUAUCUGGGGAUCCGAGCUUAUUCCGACCAUCAAUCCGGCCAAGGCGUUCUUCUACAACCCCGAGCAGGUGCCGUUCCGGCUCACGCCUAACAUCCAGACAUUGAUGGGGCCCAUCGCAAUGGAAGGUGUCUUUGCCUGCUCGCUGAUGGCCAUCGCUCGCUGCCUGACGGAGCCGCGACACGAGCUGGAGCAACAGCUGAGCAUCUUCGUGCGCGACGAGAUGAUGUUCUGGGCGACGGCGCAGCACCGCGGGGCGCUGCCGGAACACCAGCUCCGCGAGCUCGUCCAGAACAACACCGACAUUAUCGUCAACCGAGCCGUCAGCCUGGCCAGUCCACCGGAAGGCAACCUUCCCGCGAACCAGACGACCAUCGACCUGGUCUCGAGGGCAGUCAACCCGCAAUAUCUGGCAGCGGCCGAUGCUCUCUGGAUGCCGUAUCUGUGA